UAUUAAUGACACCUCUCUCCGUCGUCGCGUAGCCUCCUUGCGUUCCAGCACACACAGACAGUCAACGACACCCCCUUCCUUCAUCAUGGCGGCCCCUCUCAACGUGUUGAUGGUCGGCACCGGCGAGUACACGACUGGCUUCGUGGGCGGCGGUGCUUCCGGCUCCGACAAAAAGGUGGGCGUCGUCGGCCUCACGCUCUUUGACCUGCGGCGGCGAGGCAAGGUCGGCAAGCUGGGCAUGGUCGGCGUCAACGGCAAGAAGUUUCCCCAGAUUCGGGAACACCUGCACAAAAACAUCACGCAGGUCUACAACAACCUCGACACCUCGUUCGACUCGUUCCCCGACAACAACACGGUCGACGCCGACGCCUACAAGGCCGCCAUCGACCAGCUCAAGCCCGGCGACGCCAUCACCAUCUUCACCCCCGACCCGACGCACUUCCCCAUCGCCCUCUACGCCAUCGAGCGCGGCAUCCACGUCCUCAUCACCAAGCCCGCCGUCAAGCUGCUCGAGCACCACCAGGAGCUGUCGCGCAGGGCCAAGGCCAAGGGCGUCCACGUCUUCGUCGAGCACCACAAGCGCUUCGACCCGGCCUACUCGGACGCCCGCUGCAAGGCGCGGUGGCUCGGUGACUGGAAUUAUUUUUACUCGUACAUGGCGCAGCCUAAGUCGCAGCUCGAGACGUUCAAGUCGUGGGCCGGCAAGGAGUCGGACAUUUCGUACUACCUCAACAGCCACCACGUGGACGUCUGCGACUCCAUGGUGCGCCAGCGCGGCUACCUGCCCGUCAGGGUGUCGGCGACGUCGUCCAAGGGCGUGGCCACGGGGCUGGGCUGCGUCGACGGCACCGAGGACACCAUCUCGCUGCUCGUCACCUGGGAGCUGCAGGGCCAGCCCGGCAAGCGCGCCAUCGCCGUCUACACGUCGUCGUGGACCGCGCCCCAGCGCGCCGGCGUCCACACCAACCAGUACUUCCACUACCUGGCCCGCGACGGCGAGAUCCGCGUCGACCAGGCGCACCGCGGCUACGACGUCGCCGACGACCGCGCCGGCCAGAUCCAGUGGUUCAACCCCUUUUACAUGCGCUACGCCCCGGACGAGGACGGCAACUUCAACGGCCAGACGGGCUACGGCUACAUCUCCAUUGAGAAGUUUGUCGACGGCUGCCGCGCGGUCAACGAGGGCAGGGAGACGCCCGCCGAUCUCGACGCAAAGGGCCUGCCGACGCUGGACAAUACCAUUGCCACGACGGCCAUUCUCGAGGCCGGACGGCGGAGCAUUGACGAGGGGCGCGAGAUUCAGAUUGUGGUGGAGGAUGGCGUGUGGAAGCUGGUGUAACGGGAAUG